AUGAAUUUCACUGGUACGGAUUUAUAUUAUGCUAAAAAAAUUCAAUCUGAAAACAAAACUUGGGCUUGGUGGUUAAAUAAUCUUGGAACAUUAGUUGUCUUCGUCAUUGGUUUUUGUGGUAAUAUAUUAUGUUUAGUAGUUUUAUGUCGUCGACGUUUAAGACGAAAUUCUUACACUCAAUAUUUGAUUGCUUUAGCUAUUGUAGAUACUGGAGCUAUUUUUUCUGAAGGCAUGUAA